AUGUCGGUGUCGGUCGCAGACAUUGAACAAUUAUUGGCAAACACUCUAAAUAAUACCUUAACUAAUCCCCUAAAUUCUUUGGGAAAGAGGAAAGGAACAGACGAAGACGACAGUUUAAAUGAAACGAGGAGAAAGGCUCCACGACUAGAGGAACUCCAACCAGCAGAUGUUGUCUGGAUUGACGACAAGGAAGAGGAAAUUGAGCCGGUAAUUACUGAUAGCAAGAUUUCGACCAGGCCAGUGCUGGCAAUCCACGACGAACUAUGGUUCUGUCAAGCCUCUAGAACAAUAGCUUGGUCACCACAAGGAAUGAUUGCUUGGGUUUCACAUGAAAACAACUCCAAAGGCAUUGCUGUAAUCAAAGCUCGCAGACAGACCAGACACGGUAGAAACUAUGGCGGUGUCACUGGUUACUCUUUUAAUGAGAAAGAGAAUAACCAGACAUUACUGGGUACAUUGAAGUACACUGCUAAGCCAUCGUUCACUAUACCUACUGAAAAACAUCAUAGCAAUAUCCGUAAUAUUACAAACAUAGUAUUCAACCAGACCGGCAAUUGUCUGGCAUCUAUUGACAAAGCGGGUGUGCUGGUGUUAUGGAUUAUGGAUGAUUGUAUCAACAACUGGACGUGUCUGUGGGAAGAUAAAUUUGACGAGCCAAUCGUGGCUUUUUGUUGGCUUCCUAGUGAACGAGUGUGGGAAGCUCGAAAGAAUGAUCAAGGAGAAAUUUCAUACAAGAGAGCUGCACUGAGAGGGCCGAAAAACGGGUUUGGUAAAUUGGCUUUUGUAGUGCUCACUUCAAGCGGAAAAAUUUCUGUGUGGUAUCAACGUGAGAGAAAAACAUUCUUGAAGAUAACCCCCGAAGUAACAACGCCAUUAAGCAGUAUAAACGCAUGGAGUGGGCAAAUAAAUUGUAUAUCGCAUGCCGAUAUUCUUAUAAACAAAGAUGGCCGAAUUCUGUUAGUGACUCACAGUGCUAAUGCCGUACCGCGAGUUGUAAAAGUUUUUGAACUUGCAAUUGAUUUAUUGCAGCUCAACGUUGAAUGUCUUGUCACGACGACUAUUCAACCAAAAAUAAUUGAAAGUGGGGACGCUAUACACGAUCCAUUUAUUCACGUCAAAUUGUUACCAGCAACUGAAAAUAAUUCAGAUUUCAAAAUUGUUAUUGUUUCCAGUGGUAAGGAAAGCGAAGAAGGAGACACGGGUGAACAGAAAUAUCGAAGCGAUUUGUUUGUAUACGCAGUAUGUGACAACAGCUCUGAAGCGCGAGAAACGAGAACGAGAAAUAAUAAGAUGAUCAAGCCCUUGGUUCAUGAGAAUUUUGCACAAAGGUUAAUAACAACGAUUUGCGAGCAUGACAAUGAACUCCUGUUGGCAUUCAACGACGGCUGUACUGAAUUUCGAGACUGCGUAUUCUUCAAACCGAUUGUUCACGAAAGCAACUCUUGCGCCAAAGCCUUUUCGAAUAAUAGUCUUCCAGCGUUAAGUGAUUGGUUACAUCGUGGAAGCCGAGGUAAUAUCAUAUUGGAAUACGCAGUAUCUCCUAAUAGAGCAUGGCUUGCUUGUCGAUUAGCUUCUGGCAAAUUGGAAUUCCUUGAUAUUGCUGAAUCGGGUCGGUUUAGACAAGCUCUGCGAUCUGGCGACGGUACACCUGUGGUUAAUGUUAUGGCACAUACACUUAUUGGUGCUCUCCUGAAUAACAGAGAUCAUGCAGACAUUGAGAAUAUUGUCCGUCGUGCGUCCCGUUUGAAAGAAGAUUUUGUGGAACAGGUGUUGACGGAAAUGUUCAAUCAUAUUGAAAAUUUGAUUCCAAAAGAUCUUCGUUCUAUGUACACAUCGGAAUUUGCCCAUAAACUGUUAGGCGUUCAGAUAUCACUUCUCAAAUGUCGUGGGACAGAGAAAAUAAUUAAUGACGUCCAAUUCAUAAAUACUUGGGCCUUGAUGCAGUUGUAUGGUGUGGAUUCGGCUAUGCAUUGUCGGCCGGUUGAUACGGACUAUUCUAACGCCGGUAUUUUCGUGUACAGGACGUUGGCUGACAUGACUGACUGGUUUAUGGCGUUUACUAUUACUAUUGUAAAAGAUCUUUAUGUGUAUUUUAUGACUGAAGAACCAAACCGCGAUAUAACUGCGGAAAAGUCUCACUUGCCAUUGCUAUAUAAUACGGCAGCACGAACGUCCAUAAGAAAUAUAAUCACAUCUGUAAAGGAAGUGAGACGCGACGUUGAGAAGUUGGCGAGCGAACAUUCGGAAAUGUCUCAAUUCAGAGAUGUAAAGAAACAACUUGAUUUCGGGCUCAAGUCAAGCAUUGUCCCGUUUGAGGCUUUUGAGAAAUUACUUGAUUCAAUAACACCGAUAAUUGAAAAUGGUCUGGAAGGCGAUGAUGAGCGCAGACGCGUGGAGUAUUCAGUAGUACUACGAGCUGUUCUUCCGGAAUCUCUUCAUAAAGACUUGAAAGAAAUCAAAAUCAAAUUUUGUGAUUUUAUCAAUCAAAUUAAUCCCGAGAAAUUAUACUUCUCGGAAUUAAACUGGUUACGGCAUGCUGAUGUCGUUCGGAAGUCAAAAAUAAAAAAUAAAACUAGACCAUGCACCCACUACACCCUCGGAUCUUGCUGCCGUACUCUUGCGUCAUCCGGGUUCGCCGGUUACUGGGUCCGAUUAAUGAGCAACGUUACUUUGAAAUGA